AUGCAUGUAGCUAGCGGAGAUAGACAGCGAAUUGCAUUUGAAGAAGCCGGGCCUUCCAGUGCUAGAGAACGCCGUAAUAAAGGAUGGGCGCUUAAAUCAACUAAGCGGACCAACAGGAUGGAAGAGAAAGUAAAAGCCUUUCUUGUUCAGAAAUUUAACCAAGGAGUAGCGGGAGGGCAAAAGGCUGAUCCAAUUCACGUGGCUAGAGAAAUGCAGAGUAUUAGAGAUAGCAGUGGAAAGUUACAAUUCAAACCAGACGAAUGGAGAAACGCUCAACAAUUUAGUAACUUUUUCGCAAGGAUGUCAGCGUUGCAGCGCCAAAGACGAGCUGAUGAAAUAGAGAGCCAGGAGGAGGAGGAACAAGAAGUGACAGACGAAGACCUCACAGUCCUUGAAUCAGAAGACCACAUUCAAGCCAUACACCAGGAGGUUUACAGAGACAUUGAACAAACUAUUAGUCACCCUAUUAAAAUAGAAGCAGUAAACGUUUGUGAACUUACUUGUGCUGGAAAGCUCAGUUCGCUGAAGUUAGCACAGUUGAGAGAAGUAUGCAGAGCCUUAAGUCUGCAAACAAAAGGUAGCAACUCAAGAAAAAGGUACUUUUACUGA